AUGGCCCCAUUCAUCUCAACCCUCACCCUCCUCGCCCUUACAGCCUCAACCGCGCUCACAUCGCCCGUUCUGGAUCUAGAACCGCGCAAACUACCAAGCAUUACCUACGUCGACCAGACGCCAGAAGACGCCGCAGGAAAAAAUUGCAUAGCCUGGGCCGUCUGGAAAGAUCCCCUUCAAAACCUUGUGAGACCGGUCUGUAACCAAUGGAUCCCGGAUGAGAAACAGACUACGCCUUUUAGUCUUGUUACGGCGAUUUUUGACGGAACUUGUCGUGUUUGGAAUGCUAGAGUCGCGGACGGCAAACAGUCGCCCGAAGUGCAGGAGCAGAUCAAGGAGUUGCUGGAAGCUGGCUUCGACCCAACCACCAUCCAUCGCAAACUCAAAGUCGGCCGGAGCAGCAUAUAUCGCAUGAAGCGAUGCUUACAGCAACAUGGCACCAACUAUAUGCCGCCUGAGCUGAACAAGAAGAACGGCCGACCCAAGGUCCUGACACCGGAGCAAGAAUUGGAGGUCCGCGAGUGGCUACGAGACCCUAAAAACCGGACGCGCUAUCUUGAUGACCUCGUCUGGUUGAUUCAUGACCGUUUUGGCAUCGUCUGCAGUACGACAACCAUGUCCAAGAUGAAACGGAAGUGGCUCCGCGUGAUCGAAUUCGAAGAAACCGGCACGCCCAUCGACGACUUGACACGCCAGCAACUCCUCGAAACUCAUCCAGACUUGCCUACAUUAGCACAGUCAGCUGCCGCUGCCGAGGCACAGCGACAGCAACAAGCUCAGGACAACGCACUUACAGAGUCUUUCGGCGAUCAUCAAGCACACGCACAGCCGCAAGAGGACUAUUCCACUCAGGACUUUUCGAUGCAGCCUCAAAACACAUUUGUAAUGUCCGCUCAAUCAUUCCACCAGCAGACAGUGCCAGAGGAACAGAUGGCUCUGCAGGCCAGUCUGGGCGCCGCCGACCUGAGUAGUAUGUCAGGGCAAAUGGGUCUGCCCCAGCAAUUUGAUUCACAAAUCGACGCCCAGCUCGAACAGCACCUUCACAACCAUGGUAUCGCUAGCAGCGAUGUCAACGGGCAUGGACUGUAA